AUGGGCAGCCGCCUGUAUAAGGGCGCUGGCGGGCAGGGAAGUAGCAGGAGUAAGGCCAGGGACGCGGAGACGCGAAGAGGACGGGCAGUUCCAGGAGUUGAGGCUGGAGCCCAGGACAGGAGCCAGAUUAUGCAGAGUCUUGUCAGGCACAUUCAGGAUUUUGGACUUUAUCCUAAGAGCAGUGCGAAGAGUUUUAGGCAGUGGAGCGCGUCCCCGGGUCUGGGCGCGCCGCCGCCGGAACAGCCCCCGCAGCAACAGGCGGGGGGCGGGCGGCGGGCGGCGCGGGGGUUGGGCCGCGGGGCAGCUCCGGCCCGGCUGCGUCCGACGGUCCCUGCCCCGCGCGGCGCGGGGAGCAGGUGGCUGCCCUCUGCGCCCGGCGUGCGCCCAGCGCGGGCCAGUCGAGCAGGGUUCCGGCCCCGCGGCGGCCCCGGAGGAGGCGAGAGCCGCGGGGACCCGGCGGGGCGAGCGGGACCCCCGAGGGCCCGAGCCGGCCGGAGGGGCGUGCCCUCUGCUCGGAGCGCCCGGCCGCCGCCGCAGCAUCUCGCGCUCGCGGACCCCGGGCCGAGAGGCCGCGACACCUCGCGCGGGGCCGCGGCGAGGAAGGAAGGGCCGGGAGGGAGGAGGAGACCGGGAGGAAGCCGCCGGCAGGGCAGCCCCGCUCCCGCGGGGGCCCAGGAGAGGCGACUCCCAGGCUUCCCUCCCAACCCGAAACUUUUCCAACCCACGCAGGCGUGUUCCUCACGGGUUUCGGCGGCCGGAGGCGCCGUCAGGGAGAGGCUCGGCACACACACGCGUCCCCCGACACGCGGGCGGAGGUCCCGAGGGAGAGCGUCCGGGUCUCCCCGAAAGCGUCCCCUCCGCUUCCCUCUGCCCUUGGGUCUCCAGCUUCGUUACUGCUGUGGACUGAAGAAGGUAAAGCACAACCCGAUCGAUGCGAAUAGUUUUUCUGGAAGCACGACCUCCCCAAAUCCUGGCCCCCAAAGAUCCGGGCGGGGUUGGAGAAAGGCACGUUAUUUCGGGGGAGGGGGGCAACAGCACCCCUCGGGAGGCGCGCACGCGGCCUGGAGGACGCCUUGCCGGGCUCCGCGCGGCCGGGCGGAGUGGCUGGAUUAUGUAAGUAACAGCCCUCCAUGUGCUCACCACCAUCUGUUAAUAUCUUGAUAUUGGAAAGUUCGGUGCCUGAGGCAAAGCCAGGGUUGGCGGCGCAGAGCUCCAAGCCUACUCUUUUCUACUCCCGGGCAGGGAAUGUACCUCCCUUCGAUUGUUUUCGCCCACUUCCCCAAAAUCAAGUUAGUAGUGUGCCCCUUCCCUCACGGACAACCAGCCCCACAGGUGUGUGUGUGUGUGUGUGUGUGUG